CGCGAGCCAUCCAGGAAUCUGACAUGACAAUUUAACGCUUUGAUGCGAAUCUUGUCGGGUGUGAUGCCACGAUCAUUUCACCUCCACGCUCAAGCUGACAGUGAACGGGAUCGCAGCGGGUUGUGAUAGGAGUAUUCGGCUCUAGAGUGUCUGCUUUGUUGCUAAAUUUUAAUGGGCGAAUCAGGGACACGUCGCUCCACCCUGGUCUCCAGGCUUCCCAUCUUCAGACGGAGUGUGAGCAAGAGGCAGGACUCGCUCCCCUCCUCUCCCUCUUCUGGCUGUGUUGGCAAUGGCGUCCACACUUCCUCUCCCUCCAGCACCAACUCCAGCUCCAGCAGCACAAGCAAACGGCGCAGCCUGUUCCGCACACCGUCCCUCAGCUUCCACAGCAAGCGGAACAGCGAUCCCACCCAGCUCAACCUGGACAAUCACAGUCAAGAGUCUGAGAUGGUCUUCCGAGACAACAAUUCGAAGACUCGACAUUCAUUCGGAUUUGGAGGACACAAGAAGAAGAUCAUCCGGUCUCAAACGGAAGACCUUAAGAAGGCCUCCACUAAUCACAGUGUGUUCAUCAACUGCAUCAGCUCUGGGACGAAUGAAGGAGAUGAUUCAGGUUUCCUUGAUGACGUGAGCAGCAAGAAGUCUUCUCGGCAUAAGAUGCAGCUGCUGCCCAAGUCCUUCUCAGCACAUCAACGGUUUUCUAAGACAUCAGCCAAUGUCACUGAACAGGGUAAAGUUCAGGAUUGUGCGAAAGAGCCUCCCAAAACUGGAACCCCAGGGUCCUGGCCUGGAGAGUUGGCUGAGAGUUCUCUACAGUCACCUAUGAUUUCUGAGGAUCACACCACGGCAAUCACACCAUCUGAUUUUGUUCCCGUCACCGAAGACUCCGUCUCAGAAGUGGAUGCGUUGCCUGCACCCAGUCCAGCUGCUCCUCCAGAAAACUUCAGCCAAGCUGUUUCUACCUCACAGGUGUCCAUCAACCCUGCCCAGUUCACCACAGAGAAACCUGUACUGCCAGAUACCAGCCACACAGCCAACACAGAGUGCGAAACCACCACUGCCCAUACAGUGCCAAUAACGCUCCAGACAGUUCAAGAGCUGAACCCUAAACCUGAUCAGUCAGAGGCCAGUGAGAAUGAACAAGCUCCAGAACUUAAUGAGAAUAGCAGCUCCAAUCCAGAGGCCCGUGAGAGGAGGUCAAGGAAUGCUGUUCUUAUUCAGCAGGCUGGAAAACUUUCUGGCUACAGCGAACUUGAGACGAUGCCAAGUCACCUGAGAAAGCCACACACAGUGUCCAUGUGCAGCAGCGUAAGCCCGUACCAUGAGGUGAUGCGUAUGGAGAGACGUCUACGGUCGGCCUCUGAAGGUGCAGGAGGACCCAGACUUCACCUCAGCCUCAGGGAUCCUCACUGCAUGGAGGGCAACAAUUUAUCCAAACAGAGAACCAGUUCCUCAUCUUCCAAACUGUGUAGUCUGGAUGUUUUGAAUCAUUUUGGCUCUUCGGAGCUGGAUGAAGAUGACCUGAUGCUGGAUCUUGACCUCUUGGAUGACCAGCGACCUCACCAUGCUUCACGGGAGGAUUCCAGUCAGUCCCUUGCAUCGUUUCUAAACCUGCUGCCCUCACCCAUGGAGGCCCCCAUGGAGCGGACCUCUGGAAGAGAGCCCAGGGAGCCCCCCCACAGGGAGCAGCGGCCGAUGUCCCUCUGCCUGUCUCGUGAUGAUGAGCCCUUGGCCGGGCUGGAAGCAUUACCAUUCAGGCUGAUGCAGCAGGACUGCACAGCAGUAAAGACUCUUCUGCUGCGGUUACGCAGGACCCUGCAGGAGAGCACAGAGAUCAGCCCUGCCAGCAGCCUUCAUUCUCUCCCAUUAAGCCCCUGCAGUGAGAAGUCACUUCCUUUUAAGGAUCCUGGGAGAGAAGAGAACCAGUUCCUGCAUCAGCAACUGAAGGAGAAAGAUGAACUGAUUCUUCGACUGCAGGCAGAGUUGGACACCACCCGUGCUGCUCAGAAAUCUCUUUGCCAAAAAGCUGACAAAACCACUCAGACAGAUUUCUUAUUCUCAGAGGCCAAUCAUCCAAGUCAUCCCAAUGGCCAAAACAGCAACAUUCUCAGCAGCAACAGCAGCCUCACGAGGGAGCGAAGGCCAGUGCGACCUAUGCCAGAGCGGCCAGCAGUAUAUGAGGAGCGAGCUUGCAGCAAUCUGUCCAUGGGCCAUGGUGGCAUAAGGCUGCGAGAGCCACUGCGAAGAGCUGCUGAAGGUGGGCCGCCGACAUCUGAGAUACCUGGACCUCGGAAGACAGAGCACCCGGGGCCAUCUCAGAUCCCUCGAGCGGUGGCUGGCAGUAGUACGAGCCUCCCAAGCAAGGCCAGUCCUUCACGCAGCCUGUCCUCAGACAGUGAGAGGGGAUACCGCAGUGAGCGAGGGGCUCUUCCCAGACUUCAGUCCUCCUUCACUGGCCGCCUGGGCCAGCCGCCCCGUGGGCCUCUAUCUUUACAUAUGUACAGCCGAAAUAACGUCUUUCUACAACACUCUCUCCAUACAUCUGAACUACAGGCUCUCGCUCAGCAGGAUGGCUGAGAAAAUCCUCUUGAAACACACUUAUACAUACACACACACACACAGAUACUGAACAUUGACACAUUUCUCAGAUGCAUAUGAACUCAACAUUAACUUAACCUUGGUGCAGUUUCUCAGUGACCAUGAGUACCUUCAGACCCACUUGUGCUCCGUUAUUUUCCCUGCACAGUAACAACUGUUUUUCCUUUUAACAACCGUUCACCCAAAUAUUGUAAUUCUUUCAUUUACUCAUUCAUACUGUUCCAAACCCAUAUUACUUACAUUCUUCCAUGGGGAAGUUAAGGAGACGAUCUCAGUCACCAUUCACUUUAAUUGUAUGGAAAUAAUAUGCAAUGAAAGUGAAUGAUAACUGAGUUUAACAUGCUGCCUAACAUCGCCUUUUAUGUUCCACGGAAGAAAGAAAGUCAAAUGGGUUUGGAACAAUAUGAGGGUGAGUAAAAUAUAACGAAAUUAAAAUGUUUGGGUUAAAUAUUCCUUGAAACCUCAACCAGACUUUAACCACUCACAAAGACUUUACUACUUUUCGAAGAGUUUCGAAAGUCUUCAUCUAUAUUAAGUUUCUCAACCAAUCCAUCUUCUGCACUACUUACAGUUGAAGUCAGAAGUUUACGUACACUUAGGUUGAAGUCAUUAAAAAAAAAAAUGGAACCACUCCACAGAUUUAAUAUUAGCAAUCUAUAGUUUUGGCAAGUCGUUUAGGACAUCUACUUUGUGCUUAACACAAGUAACUUUUCCAACAAUCAUUUACAGACAGAUUGUUUCACUUUUAAUUUACUAUUAUCACAAUUCCAGUGGGUUAGAAGUUUGCAUAAACUAAGUUAACUGUGUCUUUAAGCAGCUUGGUAAAUUCCAGAAAAUGUUGUCAAGAUGUAUUUUACGGCCUACCUUUAACUAUGUGCCUCUUUUCUUGACAAACAAUAGUACGCAAGUAUAAACACCAUGGGACCACGCAGCAAUCACACCGCUCAGGAAAGAGACACAUUCUGUCUCCUAGAGAUGAAGUUUGAUGUGAAAUGUGCAAAUCAAUCCCAGAACAACAGCAAAGGAGGUCCUUUGAAGAUGCUGAAGGAAACAGGUAGACAAGUAUCUAUAUCCACAGUAAAACUAGUCCUAUAUCAUCAUAACAUGAAAUACUAACCUGAGAAGCUACUGUUCCAGAACUGCCAUAAAUAAAGCCAGACUACAGAUAGCAAGUGCACAUGGGGACAAAGAUCUUUUUGGAGAAAUGUUCUCCGGUCUAAUGUAACAAAAAUGUAACUGUUGGGCAUAAUGACCAUCGUUAUGUUUGGAGGAAAAAGGGUGAGGCUUGAAUGCCAAAGAACACAUGAAGCAUGUGGGUGGCAGCAUCAUGUUGUGGGGGAGUUUUGCUGCGGGUGGUACUGGUGCACUUCACAAAAUGGAUGGCAUCAUGAGCAAGGAAAAUUAAGUGGAUAUAUUGAAGCAACAUCUCAAGAAAUCAGCCAGGAAGUUAAACGAGUUUAAAUGUAUUUGGCUUAGGUGUAUGUAAACUUCUGACUUCAACUGUAAGUCUUUUUCAAAGAAAUAGUACGUGCUGCACUAAUAUGUACUUUAGAUAAACGGUCUGUUCAUGUGAUAGUUUCACUCAAAAGACCUCCAAGGUAUCAAAGAAGUUCAGAGGUAUGUGAAAGCGAGGAUGUCAACAUUUGUCCUCCCUUGUCUCAUUGUUUGAAAGCUCUCAUUGGGUUUCAUUUCAAAGUUUUGAAGACUUUUUUCUCUAGACUCACAAUUAUAGACUCAAUUGUUAGAAUAAGUCUAAUUAGUAUGGUAGUCAUUUUUAUAAAAGUAUGUCACACAACUAGCCCCUCCACAUUAUUUUGCACCGGCAAAUAUGACACCGAAGACCCAUGCAUAUAUUGUCAAAUCAAUCCUCGGUUGGAGAGAGUGCUUUAAACUCUUGCUGCCAGUGAGAAUAGCCCAUGGUGUUCUCAGACCCCUUUUAGGGAGUUUAGCACUCAUUAGCCUCUUCUAAUUGCUUGCUGCUUUGUCUUUAUUUUUUUCUGUUUCAUUUAGCUGUAAACAACAAUAGAAGCUUAGAAAAAAAAAUUAUACUGAUUGUAAGUUAAAAUAGAUUUGUCAGCCCUUGUGGAGGAUUCAGCGAUAGAGCCUUAAGUCUUAACACUACUGUCUUUGCUGGAGACAGAUCUUAAAGGGAUAGUUCACCCAAAAUGAAAAAUUAUGUCAUUAACUCACCCUGAUGUUGUUCCAAACCUGUAUCAAUGUUUUUCUUCUGUGGAACACGAAAAGAGAUGUUUGGCAAAAUUAUGGUUACGUGGCUCAUUGUACAUAUUGCGGCAAUUUCCUGGUCAAAUGCGGCACUAGAACAACAAUUACAUUUACAUUUAUGCGUUUGGCAGACGCUUUUAUCCAAAGUGACUUACAGUGCACUUAUUACAGGGAAAAUCCCCCCACAGCAACCUGGAGUUAAGUGCCUUGCUCAAGGACACAAUGGUGGUGGCUGUGUGAUCGAACUAGCGACCUUCUGAUUAACAGUAAUUUGCUUUAGCCCACUUCACCACCACCACUCAAUUACUUUAUUCCCUUUCUCACAAAUCACAAGUAAAAUAAAUACAUCCAUAAACACUUAAUUUUCACACUUUUCCUCACACAAAGCUGUCUUAUGACAUCAAAACACUUUUGAUACAGCGCAUGACUUGUAAAGAGAUCCAUUUUAGUAUUAUGCAUUUAUGCAUUACAUAACCAACUACAUUCACAAGCUUGUUCGAGUGCGAUCAAAUUGUGCGGGAUCUUAACUGAUAGUACCAUCUAAAGGAAUGGGGUACGAGUCCUGAAGAGCACGAGAGUCAACACUUGAGCCAGAAGUGUCAUAGAAGCAACACAAAAUGAUGUGGUUGCUUCAGAAAUUGUGCUGUUCAUCUCUUAUUUUCUUUUUAUGACUCUAUCGAUUAGGUCUAAGGUAGGGAGGAGGUUUUGCUCAUUUGAAACUUGAUCGGGCAUAAACCAUAACCUCAUCUGUUUGGGAGAAAUUUGAAUUCUCUUUUAUUGCCAUGAGGACAUUUCACUUUGGAACUGCCAUAAUACUUGGCAUAAAACCAUUUUGCAAAAAUUUUGCCAGUCACACAAUUUUCAUGCGAUCAGACUGAAUGGCUUAGUCACCAUUCACUUCCAUUAGAUGGAAAAAAAAAAAGAGCAGCGUCAACAUUCUUCAAAAUUAUUUUCCGUGGAAGAAUAAUAAAAUCUAGUAAUUUGUAACAACAUGAGGGUGAGUAAAUCAUGACAUGAUUUUCAUUUUUGGGUUAACUGUCACUUUUUAAAGGCAGCUAGAUUUAAAGAAAGAAAGAAAACACUCCACGCAGUGAAGUAAACCACAUUAUGAGAUUUACUCUUUAAAAAGCACACUUUUAAAUAGGUGAGGCUUUAAUUUGGGGCAAAUAAAAUUUUAUAAAAAAAUGUUGAUAACAUUAAUAAAUGUAAAACUACCAUAGACAACCUCUUAUGCACUCCGAGGAGAGAAGUUGAAAGGAGGAAUGGCCUAAUUUCCGCAGUGUUGGGACAACAUUGGUGUAACAUUGGGACAGUGUUGACCUGACUUUGCAGAUCAGGAGGUCGAGCAAGGACGCACGGAGGAGAAGGAAACCCUGAAGAAACACAGUCCCAUCCAGCAGGUCUGCUCCCUGAGGUCCACUGCUCCAGUUUCAGCAAUCUGUUGGGAGCACCAUCACUUUCAAUCUCUCUCUCUAUACGUCUCCCUCCCAGACCUACUUCCAGCUCUCUGUGAUCAGGCCCAGGGAAAGAAAGCCUUUAGCGCAGUCUCACCAUUACAUGCUCUGUUAUCGAUACCAAAUGGGAACGUGUUUGUCUUGCGUUAUUUCAGAAUGACCUCAUUGGAGCGGACACUGCUGUUCAGACUUUGAGACAGUUCAACCCAUGAUCACUGUUGUCAGCAAUACUGUUUAAAUUCUGUAUGGGUGCCAGUCUGUGACUGUUGAAUGUUAAAGGGUCAGCUCACAGUCAUCAUUUACUCAGCCUCAUGUCAUUCCAAACUUGUAUGACUUCUUUUUAUUACGUGAAACACAAAAGAAGAUGCAAGGCAGAAUUUUAGGGACCGAUAGUCUAAGUCACCGUUCACUAUCAUGUGGAAAGAGUGGAAGACAGACAUACAGUCAUGCUUGUUUGGGACAACAUGAGGACGAGCAAAUGAUGACAGAAUUUUACAUUUGGGGCGAACUCCAUUUUUUUAUGAGAUUGAAGAAUUCUUAUUAUUAUUUACUGCGCAUUUGAGCCAUGAUACUUGAAGGAUGUAUGUUAAAAUGGACUUGAAUAUGGGAGAUCAUGGGUACAUGCAAGUACAGAACUCAUGACAUCUCUACAAAUGUCAAUAAGUGACUUGAUCAUAAACAUGACUGUAUGUGCUGUCACAUUUCAUCGUUGAAAAGGUAUUUAUUAUGUGCUAUUGUGAAAUGACUAUCACCUGAGACUUUUAUUUUGUCUGUCUGGGCUCUUUGUAUCAACACAUAAAAUUGUCAUUACGAUACUGGUGAUGUCAAAAUUGUUUCUUACUGUACAUCACUUUGAAAUUUUGAAAUUCUUGUUUUUUUUUCAAUAUCUAUAGGGUUUACAUACAAAUGGCACUUUUAAGAGAUUUAAACCAUAAUACGAUUUUUAAUAACCUUUAACUGUAUCUUUUCACUCACUCGUGGUUUUCUUGACAAUGUUAUUAUUUUAACUGAAUUUAAUAUAUUCACUCUCAAUAAAGAGAUAUUCUUUAAAGAAAAAGAAAAUAAAUUACCUGUAAAGAGACACAUGUAAGCCUUGUUGUUAAUUAAGUUUUUAUUAAUUUAUUUUCAAGUGCCAGCUUUGCAAAAUUAGGAUACCUGUUCCUUGACGUUUGACAAUUUUUAAUGUACAGGGUAUACUUUACAUCUCUGGAAACUAGGCAGCAUGCUGCCCUGCCUUUGCUUCUUGGUGA